GCACGUAGUCAUUCCGUUCAUUCAGGAUGCGUUGGUUGCAUGUGUGUAUUUUGUUGAUAAAUAUACACAAGAAAGAAAAGCAGUCUGUGCACAUAUAAAGUGCUGAUUCGACACAUUAUUUAAUACGAAAAGGCCUCCUUGCUUGCAUGCAUGGAAUAUGAAUCUGCAGUGGAAAACUUGUUGAACAAUUUUGAAAACCUCGCUAUAUAGUCGUUCUUCGUGCCACGGAUGGGUUCACAUUUUAAAACUGGUUCUCCAAUUCACAAUUUUGCUACUUUCCACAUUAUUUUAUAUGAAGAAAAGUGCAAGAAUCUGGUCAGAAAGGAUUCACUCAGCAGACGUCGAGGUGGCAGAAAUGUAGGAAAUUUGGACUUUUUCAAAGUUAUUUUGUCCCAAAAAAAGAAGUCAUAAUCUUGACUUUGGAGUCAAAAAAGGACAAAAAUUCGUGUAUAUCAAAUCUAUCUACCUCUAAUUUUGGGGUUUGUUUACUCCUCAAAUAAUUAAUUAGUUGAUAUCAUCCUCACCACCACCUAAAAGUGUCGUCGUAAAUCAAAACCUCUAUAAAUUUUCGAUAUUAUAAAAGUGAUACACUCUUAGAAAUCCAUACUUUAUAUGACGUAAAAUAUAACUCGAUAUAACUUCCAAAGUGCCACUACCCCACUUAUAGCGAAUCGCUCUCUCUCGGCCACAAAGUAAGCCAUUUUACCCUGUAACAAUAUUCACAGGGUAACUGAGCGCCCAAUAGGGUAACGACCGUAACCCUAAAUCGCGUUGAUUAUGACUUUACUUUCUUGCUUUGAUGACCCCAGGAAAAGUUACUUAAGCGUAGUCGCAGUAUUAGUACUUUAAUAAUAUAUUUUAUUUCACAUUCAACAUUGCAUUACAAAUUACCCUUAUUAUGAACCACUAGUGAGGAUAUUUGUAAACGCUGGACCCUAUUAACUUAAGAUAAUUUUUUUAAUGUUAUACUAAAGGUUUAAAAUUAGUUUUGCACUUAAAACAAAGAUAUACCAAGUUCUCACAAAUUGUACAAUGCAUUCCAAAGCCGACCUAAAAUGACCUAGAAAACCUGACAAUUUUCUCCUGAAAUUAUUAACAGAGUCUCGUCCGUAAUAUCGUCAUCUGUUUAAAGACAAUUAAAAUAAAAAAUUAAACGCAAUGUAAAUUAAAUUUGUGUAUAAAUUAUGCAAAUUGUGCGAAUUUCUUACCCUUCAGCGUCCCCGUCCAAAUUGUUGCAAUAACCUCCUCGUUUCCUCCAUUAUUUGCUUAUGAGUUAACUAACUAAUUAAUUAACUAUCAAUUUAACUAACCAGCACUGACUGGCUGAGUUGCGAGUUGUAAUGAGAGCGAGGGAAAAGUCAGCGUCUGAAGAAUAUCCUAAAUGGGGUUUGCUUACUCUAAAUGGUAUAAUAGCUUACUUUAUGGUUUAGAAAAUAGUGGUUUUACUUCACAUUUGGUGAGUUUUGUCAUUACUUUGAAUGAAGUUGACCAUUUUACUUCGAAUCAAGUGAGGUUUACUUUAAACCGCAUAACGUUCCAUUUUACUUCAUGAAAAGAUAUUGAAUUUUCUAAGAGUGUAAGGUAAAGUGACAUUGUGUAUGUGGAUGGACAAAAGUGUGGACGCAGCGUUUAUUAUACCAAAAAGAGACAAAGACUAGCCUGUGUCAUGGAUGGAUGGCAAACAUGUCAUCAUAAAAGUUGUCGUCUUAUCAGAAACUAAUUUUUUUCCGCUGGAUUGAAAUAUUGAACUCUCAUCAUAUUUAUUUAAGUUUAACUUAGCAGUCACCAAAUAAAUGUACAAUAAAUACUAAUAAUCAGUCAUGACUAUGAACAUGAAGAAGAGAUAUCAUUGUUUCGUCGUUCACAAUGAUUUCGUCAAAUCCAAUCCACUCCACGACUUGAAUAACAACUGGGCUGUCUUUCUGAUCAUCAGUUUCAUUAAAACAGAGGGACCCAGCCGAGUUGCAGUUUAGUUUGAUGAGAGAUCCUGUCCCAGACUGACAGCCGUGGUGGUGUCAAAUUUCGCCAAUUUUUCCCAUUCGCCAUGUCCGCGAGGAAGAUGCUGUUGUUCAAGUGGGACAAUAAAUUUCACUCGAGUCUCAUCAAUUUGUUGAUCGGAGAGCGAAUUAUUAGCACUUCCUGUCAGUCCAGCAUCAGUGUCAAAUAAUUUUUGCGCAAUUAAUAGUUUUCGCAAAUUUCUAAUGGUUCAAGGUGACCCGAGAAGAGAGAGAGAACUUUCUUAACGACUGUAUUGUUUAGCGUGUCCUAAAAUGUAGGUAUUGUUUCAUUGUUUUGUUGAGUGUAUCCAAUAAUAAAUACGACUUUUUAGUGUCAUCAUCAGCCAGCCGACGGGGUGUCGAUCACAAAUUAAUUGACAAAGUUGCUAUCACUAAUUUUUUCGGUGGAGUGAAGUUUGAAGUGAAGUGGAGUUUGUCCUGAUUAAUAAUUGUCCUGCUGAUAAUCGAAGAGACGAUGGCUCUCCCAUUCCCACAGGGCAACCUGGCCAUGGACUACUUCAACAAUUCGUCGACCUUCUACUGGCCAGGAUUUUUUGAAAAUGUGUCCAACGCCACGGUUCUGUAUGAUCAGCUGAUCGCCGAAGUCGUCGCCAAGGUGUCGGUCGACUAUCCCAAGUGGGUCAUGUCCAUUGGGGGGUGUUUGCUGGUCGGGUUGAGUGGGAUUUUUCCACUACUACUGUUUUCACAGGAGGGGGGCAAUCCCCUCAGUGAGAAGGGGAGGGGGAAGAUGGAUACGAAUAAUUCAGCCAUCAGCCCACGCCAAUUGAAAAGACUGCUCAAUUUCGCAGUGGGAAGUUUACUCGGUGAUGUUUUCCUACACUUGCUCCCAGAAGCGUGGAGCGCUGCCAGAGAAUCCGGCUCAAGUAAACACGAGACUCUAAUGCUGCUGGGAUUCUGGGUGCUAAUUGGUAUCAUUAGCUUCGUCAUUUGUGAAAAACUAGUCGUCUUUGCAAACUCGGAGGGCGGCGACGACGACGACGACGCCCAUGUCGACGUUGGCGUUGAGGAGGAGGAGAAUUUUGAGACUGAAAUAAACAUAUCGGAUUCCUCGAAUAACAAUGUAGAAAAGAAGGUGAAACCCGUCGCGAACGGGAAACCGGCAGGGGGACAGUUUCCCCCGGAAGAAGAACCUUCCUCAUCCUCCAAGUCAUCCUCAUCUCAUCAGAACAAGCACAUCGCAGGUUACUUAAACCUGGUGGCGAACGGGUUUGACAAUUUCACUCAUGGAUUAGCAGUCGCUGGGAGUUUUGUGAUAUCCUUCCGGAUCGGGAUUCUAACCACGAUUGCAAUCCUAUUACACGAAAUUCCUCAUGAAAUCGCAGAUUUUGCCAUUCUUCUACGUGCCGGAUUCAAUCCUUGGAAUGCGGCAAAAGCACAACUUUACACGGCCACCAUUGGACUCCUCGGUGCUAUAUUUACCCUCAGUGUAGACUCCAUGCAGUCAAAUAUGGGAAACCUAACCUGGUGGAUCCUCCCCUUCACGUCGGGCUGCUUUAUAAAUAUCGCGUUAACCAACCUACUUCCAGAUCUGGUCAAGGAGGACGAUCCGAAAGAAGCGGUCAAACAAUUUGGUGGGAUUUUACUAGGUAUCGGAGUCAUGGCGUUGGUCUCAAUGUUUCACGAGGGAUGAAUUUAAGAAAUUUAAAUAAAUAUACGAAAAAUGCUCCUUUUUUAUCUUGCUCUGUUAAAAAAAUAUAUAUUUAAUUUUCAAAUCCUGCUGUGUUAGCUGCACACAGAACUGAUUAUAAUGUUGCAUUCCUAUUGUACGAAUACUCUUAAAAUAUAAAUAAAUAUUUGUAUGAAUAAAGAUAAAUAUUACGGUUGAUAAAAA